AUGGGUGGGAUUACUGUCCCUUGCUUGGUAGACACUGGAUCCAUGGUGUCUACCAUAACUGACAGCUUCUUCUACCAGCACCUUGAGCCUUGGGGCCAGGAGAAGCUUCGGUCCUGCCACUGGCUACAGCUACGUACGGCCAAUGGGUUAGCCAUCCCUCACAUCGGCUGUAUAGAGCUUGAAAUUGAGCUCUGUGAUAAGCUGGUGCCGCGGUGUGGGAUGUUGGUGGUAAAGGACCCACCUGGUGGGAUGUCUGCUCAGGUCCCUGGUGUAGUAGGGAUGAAUGUCAUCCACAGAUGUUAUCGAGAACUGUUUGGGCAACACAGAUUGGCCCUGUUUGACUUGCCCUCUGUAUCAGAGGCCCCAGACUCCGUUGUGCAGGCACUGCAAAGGUGUCAUCAGGCCAACAUGCAGGCCUCUCAGCCUGCCUCAACCACGUGCUCAGAGCACUACUCAGGCACCACUGUAUUGUUUGAGCCUUUGGACUCUGGUCUUCCUGCUGGACUGCUUGCCUCUCCUGCCUUGGUUCAGGUGGAAAGGGGCACUGCCUACAUUCCCAUCGUGAAUGUAGGUUCCACUGAUGUACUGCUCUAUCCCCGGACUGUUGUGGGCAGUUUGGACGAGGUACAUGUGGUGAGCCUGCCUGUUGGUUUGACUGAAAAGCCAUUUGCCGUGGCUACAGUGGCUUCCCAGUCCGGGUCCAUUUCGGUUUCCGUUCCAGCGCAGAUAGCGUCCAUGGAUUUGUCUCCCUUGCCUGCUGAUGAGCAGAGUAAGGUGAGGCCUCUCCUUAGCAAGUAUACGUCUGUCUUUGCUACCCAUGAUUGGGACCUUGGGUGCACAAAUUUGAUCGAACAUGACAUUCCUCUCUUGGAUAAUGUUCCUGUUCGGCAGCGAUACAGACACAUUCCCCCAUCUGACUAUGACGUGGUGAAAGAGCAUAUUAACAAAUUGCUGGAGGCACAGGUGAUUCGAGAGAGCAGCAGCCCUUAUGUGUCACCUAUUGUGCAUGUCAAAAAGAAAGAUGGCAGUCCUCGCAUGUGCGUUGACUAUAGGCCACUGAACAAUAAGACCAGGAAGGAUGCGUUCCCUCUCCCUCGCAUCGAGGAGUCCCUUGAUGCCCUGACAGGUGCACGCUGGUUUUCCAACAUGGACCUUGCCAGUGGGUACAAUCAGGUCCCGGUUGCUGAGGCAGACCGGCCCAAAACAGCAUUCUGCACCCCAUUUGGCCUGUUUGAGUGGACUUGCAUGCCCUUUGGGCUCUGCAAUGCCCCCAGCACCUUUCAACGUCUGAUGCAACGGAUAUUUAGCGACCAACAAUGCCAAUCUUUACUGCUUUAUCUUGAUGAAAUUGUGGUCUUCUCCUCCACAGUUGUGCAACAUCUGGAGAGACUGGAGGUGGUGCUAGGGCGGCUGCAGCAACAAGGGCUUAAAGCAAAGCUCAUCAAGUGUGCAUUUUUCCAACAGGAAGUGCAAUACUUGGGGCAUGUGAUUUCAGACAAAGGUGACUCCACUGAUCCCAGCAAGGUGGAGGUGGUGGCUAACUGGCAGCCUCCAAGCACCAUCUCUGAACUGCGGUCGUUCCUUGGCUUUGCCAGUUAUUACUGCCAGUUUGUGGAGGGCUUUGCCAAGUUGGCUGCCCCUCUACACAGGUUGGUGGCUAAGAUGGGAGGCACCCAGCCAAGAAGGAGGUCAGAGUGUGCAGUGGCUGACAACUGGUCAGAGGAAUGUCACUGUAGCUUUUAGGCACUUGAGACCAGACUCACCGCUGCACCUGUGCUGGCUUAUGCCGACUUUUCCCUCCCUUUCAUCUUGGAGGUAGAUGCCAGUCAUGGUGGUCUGGGAGCUGUGUUGUCACAGGAGCAGGGUGGUACGGUCAGGCCCAUCGCUUAUGCUGGCAGAGGUCUGAGGCCCACUGAGCGUAUUAUGACCAACUAUAGCUCCAUGAAGUUGGAGUUUUUGGCUCUCAAGUGGGCCAUGACUGAGAAGUUUAGGGAGUAUCUGCUUGGACAGAAGUGCAUUGUCUAUACGGACAAUAAUCCACUAAGCCACCUGUCAUCUGCCAAACUUGGUGCCACAGAACAACGCUGGGCAGCGCAGCUUGCGGCAUUUGAUUUUGAAAUUAGAUACAGGUCAGGAAGGGUUAAUGAAAAUGCUGAUGCCUUGUCUCGUCAGCGCUCUCUCAGUGCACGGGACCUAGAAGCCAUGCUCCCUGGCACGUCCCUUCCUGAACCCCUGCAGCAAGUCCUGCAGGUUCAUAAGUCACAAGCAACGCAGGCUGCCAUUGUAGCCCUUCCUCAUCAUGCCCCUUCUGAGAUCUGCACUCUUCAGCAGACUGACCCAGUCCUCCAGGAAAUCUUGGUGUUUUGGACUCAAAAUCGGUGUCCAAACCUUGACGAGCGCAAACGGCUCUCUCAGCCUGCUUUGGCCUUGCUCUGCCAACGGGAUCGCCUGGUUGAGAGAAAUGGCACCUUGUACUGUCAGAUCUUCCGCCCAGAUGGUGCUGAGGCAGUUUAUCAGCUGCUGUUGCCCGCUGUUUUAAAAAAAGAGGUUUUAAUGGAAGUCCAUCAAAGGCAUGGCCACCAGGGUGUUGAGAGGACCUUGGAGCUACUGUGGCAGCGGUGUUAUUGGCCAGGUAUGUCCUCUGAUGUGGCACACUAG